UUAGGGUGGUGCACCGCCCUAGGGCGGCAGAGACUCGUGUGAGGGAUCGUGCGUUGGGAACUAGUCCGGGCUGGGGAGCUUGGUGCCCGAGGGGAGAAAAUAAAGAAGGGGGAGGAGGAAGAGGGGACUGGGGGGGCAGUAGCAUCAGCAUCUCUCUGGUCCGUCUGUGCUGAGCCUGCCGGUCUGGCCCGUGAGCUGCCACUGCCAUGGCUCGUAAGAAGCUGUACCGCCCAAUCGCCGCCAUGGCCAAGAAGAUUCGUGAGUAUCGGGCACUGAAGAACCGUCCCCGAGACUCCCAGCGGUUCGCCCUGGAUUACGAGACCAUGAUCCGACCCUUCACGAACAAACGCCUGCCCGUGCUGGCCUGGGAGGAUGUGAAGAACGAGAACCGCCUCUUCACGCUGCUUUGCCAGCUGCGGCUCUUUGGCAUCGGCCGCAUGGUCACCCGCAAGUAUUGGCUCUGGCAGUAUGACGAGCCCUGCUACUGGGUCGUUACCAAGGUCAGGGUGGACUACACAGCUGAGACUUUGGAUCAUGGGAAAGCCUGGGGAUACCUGACAUUCAGAGGCAAGACAUAUAAUGAAGUGAAAGAGAUUGACAAGGUGAUGUAUCAUGACUGGAGGAUGGUGCCCAAACACGAAGAGGAGGCCUUCAAGAAAUGUACUCCAGUGUGCAUGGAAACCAUUCAGUGUGUGCCAUACCCCCCUCUACUCCGAGCCAUGAUCCUUGCGCAAAGGCAGAAGGAAGGAAACCUUAACACAGAGGAACCACUGAUUGAUCUGGAGAAAGUCAUCUCCUUCACAAAGGACUACUUUCAAAAUCAGAAAAAAGCUAAGGGGACACCAGUGUGAAGGUCUAGAGCUGAGUGUGAUGGAGCUUCUGAAACGCUCUCUAAUACUCUGUGUGUUGACAGCUCAUACAAUCUCCUUAAUGAAGAAUAGGACCAUAAGCAACAUGCCCACUUCUAUACCUUGGUUUCUCAGUACCGUGCACAUGCAGGUGUGCGACUUUCUCAUAUAUUCAGAAGGAUGUAGCGACACUCAGGAUUUCUUGCAAUCUUUUGUUUGCAGAGUGUCCUCCCUUUUGGUUCCCUGCCUAUUCUCCUGAUGUAUGCCUCCUGGUGUCCAGGUCCCAAUGACAGCUACCAUCCUUCUGUGCAGGAAGACCACAAAUGAGACUCUUUUUGAAAGGACACUGUCAUAGUUUAGCCCCACAAUUAAUUUAAAGCACAAUAAUGGUCAGAAGAAUGACUCUAAAAAUGGCACCUUCUUUAUCUAUAGACCUUGCUACCCGUCGAAUGACUUCAGUAAAUACAUGUUUAUUUCUUUUUUACGUCUGUUAUCCCUGUAGCACAGUUGCAAGGACAUGAGUUGGAUUCUAGUCUGUCUUGUGGACCAUCAGCAGAAGUGUUAAUUAAAUUCCAAUUUUAGAAUCCUUUGCCUUGACACAUAAAGGCAUCACCUCAGCUGCACCCGAACCAAGCCUAUAAAUACCACUCACUUCAGCCAGGAUUGUGAAGUUGAUGGGCAAAAUAGAGAGAACCCACCUUAACUUUCUGAUACCACAUUGUUUGCCAAGUUGGCAGUGGGAAAGAAGAACCCAUCUUUUUUUCUUGUAAACUGAGUAAAAGUUCCAACUCCUUUUGAAGUCAGUGGCAAGCUACCAUUUGCUUCAGUGGGAGCACUUGGCCAUGGAAGUCACAGAGACAAUAAACAUGGAAUGCCCCGAUCCUAUUUUUGGAGUCACUUAUGAGAACAAAACUACUCUUAGACCCUCCCCCUGCAGUGUUUGCAGCAUUCUAGGCCAUCAGACUUCAGCCCUAAAACUUGCUAGAAACCAACCAAGAAGAGCAAAGUGGAUAUAUUUAAACCAAUAACAUAAAUGAUGAUAAAUAUAUUAGAUUUUUACAAUCGUUUUCUGUUAUCUUAUGUGGUACUGGUGGUACAAUAAAGAAAUGUCAGUAA